AUGCCAAGUCAGAAUGCAACAGAUGUCUACCGGUUGAAGUGUGGAUUUGCGCCCUAUGCACUUAAUCAGCUCGACUGCACACUCUUUCAGCCAAGCAAUGAAAACCGAAUAUACUACCCAAGUUUCCAACAGUUGAUGAGCGAGAUCAGUACCAGUGAUAAUGUUCCCACCACAAAUGGAGCUGAUGAGGAUUAUCAUCUCAUUCCAGGAGACAUGGCUGUGAAUCCUGGAACAGAAGAUGGCAUUCUAAGUGGAGACGCCUGGUGGUUCCCACAAGUUAGCAGGGGUCUUGCAACAACUAAAACAUCAAAUGGCUGUCAUGUUCCAGGAUUCUAG